AUGGAUCCUCAGGCUCAGCUCGCCGCGCUUGCUGCUGGCCUUCCCGAGGACACCUAUCACGCUCUCGAGGCAAUCCUUCGUGAUCUUGACCACCGCGUUACUCACGCUCAGGCCCCAGCCCUUUCUGCCGACAAUAUCCGCAUUGCCCUCGAACACGGUUUUGCGAACGCCCAAUUCAAUCUCCCUCCGGCACAUUUUACUCUCCCGCCUGCUCCUCCUCCGCCACCUGUUUCCGUGCAUCCCGGCCAAUUCAAGGUCGACCUCGCACAUUUCCACGGCAAGGAUAGCGACGAUCUUGGUGCUUGGCUGACGUUGAUCGAGGAUUACCUCCGAGGUCAGCACAUUCCUGAGGUGGAUUGGCCGUUACAAGUCCCGAUGCUGUUCCGUGGUGAGGCUCAGCGUUGGUACGUUGCACAGAAGAAGAAGAUCGGGCGUGGCUUUACCUGGGCUGAGUUGCGAAAGGCUCUGACAGACAAGUUCGAUACGCCGUUGCGUGUUGAGACUCUGCGCAAUGAGCUGCGUUCUGUUCCUUGGAAAGGGAACCUUACUCGAUAUGCUGCCGCUUUCCGCGACCUCGAGACUCAGAUUCCUGAGGUUGACAUGACAUUUGGUGACCGCUUGUCGAAUUUUCUCAGCCGUCUUCCAGUCGAGUUUGCGAAGGACAUCCGCCGCGACAAGCCGAAGAAUGUCGAGGAGAUGUAUUUUUUGGCGCGCGAGAUUGAACGCCUCUCAAACCUUCAUCAUGUCCCUGCGCAGCAUCAGAACAACACAAACGGUUUCUGCAAGAAGACGAAAGGGUUUACUCACCAUCUUUUUUCAUCAUCUUCAUCUUCUCCGUCUGCCGCAUCAUCUUCACCUUCGGCUCCUCCUACGUCUUCAUCACCAUCUACUGGUCCAGUUCCGAUGGACCUUGAUGCGAUGGAACAGCCGCCACCACUGAAGACGAAGGAUCGGGUUAGCCGUGUACGUUGCUUUAACUGCAAUGGCCUUGGCCAUUAUAGCCGAAAUUGUCGCUUACCUCGGAAACGUCGUCCUCCGCAGGAGUUGAACCUCUUCGAGGGAAGCGAGCCCCCGCUGUUCACUGAUUGCUGCGAGGAACCGUUGGAGUUAUCAGUGCUUGAUCUAUCCGAUGAUGCACCUGAACCUCAUUUAUUGCCCACCUAUGCUGUCCAGCUCGCUCCCAGUGUCAAUGCGAAGCCUCUUCAGCUCGCGUCGGCCAUUAUUGAUACUGGUGCCGCCUACUGCUAUAUCAAGCCGUCAGUUGUCAGAAGGGCUAAUCUUACGACGUACCCUAUGAUGGCUCAUUCUGUUCGCAGUGCGGGUGCCACUACCACGUCAGCUUGGGCUCAUUUCGCCAUCAAAAUUGGGGGUUGGCAGAAGCCGAUUUGCGCAUUCAUCUUGGACACCGAUACACUGCGCUUCGACAUGGUUAUCGGCCAAGAAUGGCUGCAGAAGUAUAAUGCGCAGCCUGAUUGGGCUACGCGCUCUUGGUUCUUGACGGAUCCACGUACUUGUCAGGUUGUACGGCUGCAUGCCAUGACUGUACAGCAGCCUCUUCCCCUGCCGCGCAUCGCUGGAGCCGCUGCAUCAAACCGUUGGGCUUCUCUUGUAGCUGCCCCAUUGGAGUUGUACUCGUUAGCUGAAGAACCUGUAACUGAGUCUCCGCAGGAAACCUCUGGCCACAAAUCCCCACUAGCGAAGAUCAAAUCGUUUGGUGCACGCUUGCAUGCGCGUAUGAAGGCAAAGUUUCCACGGUUAUUUCGUACGAAGCUUGGUGCACCACCGGCAGGUCGAUGUGAACAUGUCAUCGAUGUGACUGGAACACGACCAAUUCGUGCGCAUGGGCGUCCUUUAUCGCCACCGGAGCACGAGGAGGUUCGGAAGUUUGUUGACGAAGGUUUGCAGGAUGGAAUUAUUGAACCGAGCAAGUCUCCGUGGUCCGCGCCAUUGAUUCUCAUUCGGAAGAAGGACGGAAAAAUGCGGGUAUGUGUUGAUUUCCGUCAGCUUAAUAACUUCACUGUACGGAAUGCUUACCCUCUUCCUCGUAUCGAUGAUUCCUAUCAAAAUCUUCGUGGCGCGCGUUUCUUCACGACCCUUGACUUGCGAUCCGGUUACUGGCAGAUCCCACUCAGUGCUGCAUCACGCCCGCUGACCGCGUUUGCUACGCGUUUCGGCCACUAUCAGUUUUGUGUUAUGCCUCUCGGCCUCUGCAAUGCACCUGCGACUUUCCAGAACUUUAUGAAUGACCUCCUUCGUUCGCGUCUUGAUCGCUGCGUAAUGGUCUACCUUGAUGACAUCAUCAUCUACUCACCGAACCUUCCGCAGCAUCUCGCUGAUGUCGACUGGGUCCUCACCCGUCUUGAUCACCAGGGUCUGAUCCUACACGAGGACAAAUGUCAGUGGGUUCAAACCGAGUUGACUUAUCUCGGGCACAUUGUUUCUAUUGCCGGUGUCCGUCCGAAUCCAGAGAAAGUCCAGGCCAUCACUGAAUGGCCACGUCCCGAUAACGUUACUCGUCUUCGCGGUUUCCUCAAUCUUACUGGCUACUACCGCCGUUUCAUGAAAGGGUUUGCGAAGAUUGCUGGGCCGAUGUACGAUUUAUUAAAGGGCAAUCCCCGGAAGCGUGCUGAAAUUAAAUGGUCAGCCCCUUGCGAACAGGCUUUUGUCGCUUUGAAAUCGCGACUUACCUCUGCUCCUCUUCUCAGUUACCCGUCACCUUGGCGUCUCUUCGUUCUCGAUGUUGAUGCUUCGGGCCAUGCUAUUGGUGGUAUCCUCCAUCAAUCGCAAAAUGAUUUUCCCAAGGGGGAGGGAGAUUGCUCACGCUUCGCGUUCAAGGAGUCUGAUCUUCGGCCGAUUGCUUUUGAAUCACGUCGUAUGACCCCGACUGAGCAGCGGUACUCCGCGCAGGAGCGCGAAAUGCUUGCGAUUGAUCACUGUUUGCAGAAAUGGCGAAGCUACGUUGAAGGCUCACCUGUUGUUGUGCGUUCCGACCAUGAAUCUUUGAAGUACUUCUUGUCGCAGAAACAUUUGGGUCGCCGUCUUGCCCGUUUCGCCGACAACAUCGCACACUUUGAUGUGCUAAUCCGGUACCACCCCGGUCGUAAUCAGCUUGCCGCUGAUGCAUUGUCCCGUCGUGAUGGCCAAGCUGAUGUUCCAGACUACGAGGCCUCUGGCCCAUUGUUUGCGAACCCGAUGGAGCCAGCAGUGGACCAUGAUAGGUCAGCACUUUUCGAGACUUUGAAGAAAUGGAGAGAAGACUUACUUCGAGAUGCUAGUGCUGAGCCGAGUCGUCGCGGCUUCCUUGUCCGCGAUGGUGCACUCUUUCACUCUGUUGACCUUGGUCAGGGCGAAGUCUUCUUGCCAGUUCUGGUGAACCUUGACGAGGCCUUGCGGGUCAUUCGGGAGGUACACACCGACCUCGGACAUCUCGGUGUUCGUGCAGUUGCGGAAGCAUUGAAGUCGCGCGUAUGGCUGCCAAUUGUCACUGAGUUAGUCGAAUUCGUUAUCCGUCGCUGCGAUGCUUGCCAGUUCACGCAGCGCGAGCUCCACCUGCCCAGCCGUUGCACCCACUUCCUCGUACGGAUGCCUUUGAUCGUUGGGCUUUCGACUUUAUAG